AUGAUGAUUUUUACAAGGGACGGUGGAUCUCUACUGUUAGAUUUCAAGUCAGAUGACACAGGGUUGCAUUAGACUCUCAUUAAAAUUAUGAAAGCCCGUCAUCUAAUAAAGUUAGUUCAACAAGCUAAUGAUUCUGAACAUAACCGUAGUUACUCUAUUUAGAUUUUCGACUGUUUUAUUCAAAUAAUUCAGGAGGAAAAAUUAACAAUACUUUCCGCUAUCUAUAACCCAACAAUGAUGGAAAGAAAGAAACAUCUAUUAAUAUUUUGGAUGAAACAUAUGUGCAACUAAAUGGAGUCUGAGUUUACACCGAAACUCUUUAAAUGCGAUGUUCCUUCUUAUGAAAUAACAGAUCCUAAAAGAUUCCGAUACUAUUAGGAAAUAUUUUCUGCAUACUCAGAGUUAUAACUAAACAAAAUAACUUCAAGUUUCGGAUCUUACGUAUAAAAACUGUUAUAGGAGGUCCUAGCCUAGAGUAAAGCUAGAUAUCUGUUAAGCAGACUGAUAAUAAUAGAAUGUAGUACAAGUGACAUUAUAUUAGAUCAUUCAUUUGUAAAAGAUAGUGGAAGGAAUGUCAAUUUCUAUUCCUCGAAGAACUUUGUUGAAUUUAUGGACUAAUUCGAAAUUUUACGUUAAAAAUAAACUAAGAAAGGAAUCAUCUAAAAUUCUCGUCGCCGCAGUGUAAUGAGUAACUAUAAUAACCGAACAUACAACAAAGAGACUCUUCAGCAGUUAAGCUUUGGUGCUUUCAUUGUGUCUACCUCAACCUUUAAGACCCCUUUGGAAUAGGAGUACAAAAUCAGCUUAAUUUUUGAGAAAAAUCUAAAGAGAAAGCAAAUGUUAGAAAAGAAAGCAUUUUUGAGAUUUUCACAUAAACUUAAUAGGAGAUAUGAAGAACAGAAUAUUCGUAAUGAUAAGUACUUUUAAUCGAUCGAUUUUUUCAGAUUCCUAUUUGAUUUCAGCCGUUCUAAUCCGUUUUCAUAAUUCACUGAUAGAGAUCAACUCAAUCAAAUAAAAAAUUAAAUAAGACUGAUGAUGCUUCAGGCCCAGACACCUUUGAGCAAGAGAAAAAAAGGAGGUCUAAUCUAAAGAAGAAAAUUCGGAAGUGAAAUGACCAUGAUGACAAUGAAUCCAAUAAAACUCAAUAGCUCACUCGUAGGAGUGAAUGAACAUUAAAUUUCAAAGGAUGGUGAAUAGACAAACUUUGCGAAAACCAGAGCUAGUGGUAAAGCUGGAUCUUCUUCUAGCGGCUUGAAUUUUAAUAAUUAAAAAACAGAUUUAUUCAAAGCGACCCCAGAACAAAAUUCUCCAAACACAUCUGAAAGCUCAUCCUCUAGCAGCAGUAGCUCUGAUGAAGAAGAUGAAUCUAACAAUGAUUUAGAUUAAAACCCAUCAUCUAACGUAUUAUUUGAAUUUCUUCAAUAGCAACAUUCUUUUCAAACGGCUCUUUAAAAUUAGAAUUCUGGAAUAUAGAAUAUCACCAAAGAUUUUUAGAGUAUAAGGGGGCGUAAAUCAGUAUUCUUUGGGGUGUCAAUGAGGGGUUUCCUUAGUGACCAUGAUGAGAGUUCCAAUAUGCAGUCUUAAAAUCUCUCGAUGGAUGAUCCAGUUUAAAAUGAAAUCUAGUUCUAACAGGAUUUGAAUGAGUAUAAGCAUAGUCUAUAUGAUAUGGCUAAUGAUACAAUUAUUACAAUAUCUUCGAUAUAAGAAUUUGAUAAGGAAAAAGAUUGGUUAUCAAAAUAAAUAGCAUAUGAUUCCUCAGAUUAAUCAGAUGGUAACAGAACAAUAAAAGAUCUAGCUUCUAAUAUAUAAGUUGGAGUACCUUCCCCUGGUUUACUCAAGGUUUAAACAGGAGAAGGGAUUUAGAAAUAAAAGAGACCUAGUUUUAGAAUCUAAGAAAAUAGUUCAGCUAUUUUACAUCAAGCUAGGAAUCAAAAGCGUCCCAGUAUUAUGAUAACAGUAAUGCCGGAUACUAGUUUGAGUUAACUAUAAGCUCCAAGACGCAAGAGUAUGAAGGUUGUGCAAGUCAACGGACUUUCGGGUUUUAAUAAUCAAAUAAACUUUGAAAUAAGUCCCAGUACAACUUCAAAAAGACCAAGUCUGAUGCUUCUUGAUAAUUUUCAUCAUGAUAUGAAUUCAAAUGAAAGUCCAAUGCCUUUCUCUAAAUUUCAGGGUAUCCAGGAAAAUGUAAAAGAAGAGGAAGAGGAGGAAAUCGAAGAUUUGAUACAAUAAGAGAAUGAUCUUAUAAAUAGAUAGAUCAGUAAUAACAAUAAAAUGCUCAUAAUUAAUACAAUUAAAGAGGAAUCCCAAUGA